AUGAGGCACAGAAAUCAAACUGUGGUGACUGAGUUUUUUUUCAUGGGCUUAACAAACACCUUCCAGCUCCAAGUUUUCCUCUUCCUGACAUUUCUCUGUGUUUACCUUAUCACUGUUCUGGGGAACCUGGGCAUGAUCACACUCAUUCACAUGGACUCCAGACUGCACACCCCCAUGUACUUUUUGCUUAGCCACUUGUCCUUUGUGGAUGCCUGCUCCUCCUCUGCCAUUGGUCCCAAGAUGUUGUCUGACAUCUUUGUGGAGAAAAAAGUGAUCUCUUUUUCAGGUUGUGCUAUCCAGCUAUGUUUAUUUAGUGAGUGUGUGGUCACAGAAUGCUUCCUUCUGGCUUCCAUGGCAUAUGACAGGUAUAUAGCUAUCUGUAGGCCCUUGCUUUACACACUCAUUAUGUCCCAGCAGGUCUGUGUGCUGCUAGUAGCAGGCCCUUACACUGUAGCCCUUAUAAGCACCAUGAUUCAUAUGACAUUUGCCUUUCGACUACCCUAUUGUGGUCCAAAUCUCAUCAAUCACUUCUUCUGUGACCUUCUUCCUGUGUUAUCCUUGGCAUGUACAGAUAUCCAUGUGAACAAACUUUUGCUUUUCACUGUGGCUGGGAUUCUGGGUGUGUUCAGUGGUGUGAUCAUCCUGGUGUCCUACAUUUACAUUGUCAUUGCCAUCCUGAGGAUCCGCUCUGCUGAUGGGAGGCGCAAAGCCUUCUCCACCUGCUCUUCGCAUCUGUUGGCAGUCUCCAUCCUUUAUGGGACCCUCUUCUUUAUCUAUGUUUGUCCAAACUCCAGCUUCUCCCUAGAUAUCAAUAAAGUUGUGUCAUUGUUUUACACAGCUGUGAUUCCCAUGUUGAACCCACUCAUCUACAGUCUGAGAAACAAAGAGGUCAAAGAUGCAGUCAAAAGGACGUUUGGAAAGAAGUUUUGCUACUGUUUGAGAGAUAAAAUAUUAUAA